GGUAUAAAAAAUUAAGAGUAUAAUUUUGUUUAUAUUAAAUUCAGGUUUAAUAGUUUUGUGAUAAAGUUCCUUUUAUACCUGUCGAAUUUUUCUCUUGGUAUAGAGGCAAAAAAAAAAAAAUAGUCAAGACAUCGCUUAAAAAGAAUUCUUACUUCAUACAGAGCAGAAGGUUUUUUCAGUACAGCGGAGAGAUUAAAUUCAGCAAAAAAAAAAAAAAUGCGUUUGUUAAUUCUAUUUUCCCUUACGUUCACUCUCGUUUGCGCCAAUCCUUUGCCAAUCGUGACACCGAAAUUGCUGCAUAAAAUCAAGGAACGCAUGUUUGGCAUCAACACCGACUGCACGCACUGUGGCGUAACCUACAACGGUGUACAUACCGUGCAACAGGUGCCCGUAAUGCCUCCAGUACAACAAGUCUACAUGGAAACUUCACAUAAUCCUUCAUUGCAAAUGCACGGCGCAUCUGUGGCUUCUUCCAAUACUCAUGCAUAUGCAGGACAAGGAGCACAAGCUGGUCGCUUUAGUCAUAUGUUCAAUACAGAUGGUCUGAGUUCGCAACAAAUUCAAACUGUUCCUGCAAAUAUGAAUUACCAUCAGCAAGUAGUAAAUACCGCUGAAGCAUCCAGUGCGACUAACACCCACUCCUACUCCUCAUCAGCCAAUUUAUGGCAGAAUGAAGCGCACAAUAAUGCAGCAAUUAGUGGCCAUCAGCAGCAUGUAUCUCUGACCCAAGGUGGUCAUCCAGCUGUGUUUGGUCCACCACCAGUUGCUGUAGCGAAUAAUUUUGGUGGAGGCGUUCAAUAUAAUUCGUAUGCUCCAUCUGCCUAUGCUGGUGAAGUGUUUGAUAAUUCGGCUGCAUCAGCUGCUGCGGCUGCAUCUUCAUCGUCAGCCUCUUCGUGGAGUCAACAGAACGGAAAUUACGGUCUCAAUCAUGGUAAUGGCGGCGGUGCUUUUGCACACUCCAGUUCCAGUUCAUGGAGUUCAAGCCAUUCUGGUUGAGAAACCAACAGAAUUUUUAGAUAUGACAUUUUUAUAUUUUAUAAAAAAAAUUAAUUGACAAGUUUAAAAACUAAAACACUUUUAUACCACGAUUUUAUAUGUAUUAGAUGAUAGAUUUUUAAGAUUUGAAUGGGUAAUAAAAAAUUCAACUUACAUCCUAAG